CUUCACGGGAUUAAAUUGUGUCCAUUGACCGGCGUCGUGGCAUUUUCAACUUCCGUGUUUUGCAGCUGUGAACGAUGGAAAUCACGUUAGCAUCUAUUUUCUGGGCUUUGGCAGUUCUGGCUUUAGUGUUUUUAGUUGUUCUUGUAAUUGGAAUUUAUAUAACAUCAAAACCAUAUCCCAAUCUUGGAAGAUAUGAAAGUGAGAAAUUUUAUGAAGAUCCAUCGAAAAAUGAGAAACUCCGGUUUCCAAGUAUACAUGACCCACCAAGUAUGGACCUAUCAGUUAUUGUGCCAGCAUACUUUGAGGAAGAGAGAUUGCCUACAAUGAUGGAUGAAGCAUUAGAUUUCUUGGAAGCUAGACAGAAAAAGAACCGAUCAUUUAGUUAUGAAAUAGUUGUAGUGAAUGAUGGCAGUACUGAUAAAACCACAGAGACUGCCCUUAAAUACAGUAAAACAUAUGGUACAGAAAAAGUGAGAGUUCUUACACUAGAGAAGAAUAGAGGGAAAGGAGGUGCUAUACGAUUGGGUAUGUUUGUUGCUAGAGGGAAACAACUUUUGUUUGCUGAUGCAGAUGGUGCUAGUAAAUUUAGUGAUCUUAGUAAGCUAGAGGCAGAACUGUCAAAGCAAAAAAAUUCUGAUAAUAUGGCAGUAGUCUGUGGAUCUCGUGCACAUUUAGAAAAAGAUUCAAUAGCACAGAGAUCAUUUUUCAGAACAGUCUUAAUGUAUGGUUUUCACUUCUUGGUGUAUUUUCUGUGUGUGAAAGGAGUUAAAGAUACACAGUGUGGAUUUAAAUUAUUAACAAGAGAGGCAGCUAUUUUACUUUUCUCAAAUCUACAUGUAGAGAGAUGGGCUUUUGAUGUAGAUUUGUUAUAUCUAGCUCAAACAUUUAACAUUCCAAUAGGAGAGGUGGCAAUAUCAUGGCAGGAAAUUGAGGGUUCCAAGAUGAUUCCAGUAUGGAGCUGGCUACAGAUGGGUAGAGACUUGUUAUUGAUACGUUUAAGAUAUAUUCUUGGUGCUUGGCGCAUUAAUAAAAGUCCAAAAGCACAAUGAAAACAGCUAUACACUGUGAUAUAUGCGCAUUGCUUUAAUUUAUUUAAGGUGUUCUUCUAAAAGAAACUGGUCAUAUUGCUAUGCAAAGUUCAUACUGGUUGCUAAAUCUUUUGUUUUGAAACCAGACAAAAGGUAAUUAAACUUUUUUUAAGUUCUGUCUCAUAUCUUAGGAUUUUCAUUGGUCAAUGUACAUUCUGUGACAGUCUCUAACCAAUCAAAUACCUGAGAUCUGAGUUUGAGCUUAUAACCUUGGGGCCAGGUUGAGAAAGAUGGCUGCCUUCACUGUGUAGUUUAUAGGUUGUUAAAAAUUUAUUCUAUACUUUACAAAAUGUUAUAGAUAUAAAUGUUUACACGGGUGUUCACAUAUAGGAAGUACACUUCUUAAACACAAAUGCAUUUAAAACAACAGUGUUUAUGUUUCAAUAGAGCCGAAGACAAGAUGUAGUCUUAGUUAAAUGAAUGUAUAUACAUGAGAAAAUGCUGUUUUUCCUAUCAUCAGUAUGAAAGAGAGAAUCUCAUUCACUAAUUAUUAUACCAGUCAUUUAUUAUGUAUAAUUUGAAUUUAUUAUUUUUGACACCAGUCCUUGUUUGAGAACAAAUUUGAUACAUAAUUAAUGAACCAAAAUUUGCUGGAUGAGCAGAGCAACUUUACAUAUAAAAUAAAAUGGCUCUUUAUUCUAAUCAAGGUUCCAGUAACCAAAGAAAGCUAAGUUACUUAUGAUUUUUUUACUGAUUAUUCAUAGGAAUCAGUGAACUAUUUUAUAAACCAAAGUCAAGUAUUAAGGUAUGAAUUUAAAUUGACAGGUAGGCCAGCAAAUAUUUAGAUAAUAAACACGCCUUAUAUGACUGCUUUCUUGGGACAUCAAGGUUAUUAAAUUGUUCUGUUGAACUUCUCCAGUCUUUUUUGUCAGUUGUCAAAAGUUUAAUAACACUUAAACAGUUAUGUUAUCUUUUUUCUAAAUUUCAUUUGCUCUUGUGUUACAACAGUAUUAGGAAAUGAUUGUUUUGUUUUGUUUAGUUUUUUAUAUAUCACAAAUGAAAUAUUGUGAAUUUUAUUUAAGUUUUGUUUCAGUCUCCAAAUUUUAGAUGACUUUAUCCUCUUCAACGCCUUAGCUUUGUUUUAAACCCAAAGAAUUUGAAAGAAAUCUGUUACUAUUAUUAUUUAUUUAACAGAAAUGUGCAUUGUGCUGAACAUGUUGUUGAAAGUAUAAACUAGUUUUGUAAAUUCCUCUGAUACAAACUUCAUAAACAUUAUGUGUAACUGUUGGUAUUGACAGGUCAUUAAAACAGCAGAGCUGUAUUAUUUUGAAAAAAAAAUAUUUUGUUUACAUGACAAUAUUUCUUUUAUAUCUUCUUUGUUAAUCACAAUUGUUGAUUUGUCUUUUCAUAUGUAGCUUUUCAUAUGUAGUUAAUGUUCUUAAAUUUUCAUCAAUUUUCUUUUCAUUCUAUCAUCUUUUUUUAAUACUUGGUGUUUCUGGUGACACCUUAUAUUGACAAAGCUUUUGGUAUAUUUGUCCAGGAAAUGUAGUUCAGGUGGUAUCUUGUGAAUCUUUUAAUAACAUGUCUUACUUGACUGUUUAUUUGAAAAAUAAAACAAACUUUUUGUGAAAAUGUCAAGCUGGGACAGUUUUUUUAACACAGAAAACUAGUCGGUAUUGGAGCAAAAUACAGGAAUACUUGUUACCUUAGCCAAAGAAGUUUUGCUUAAUACAUUGUCUUAAAUAAUUAUUCCACAGGAUGUUUACUUUUUAUAAGGAUGUUAUGCUUAAGAAACAAGAGCUUUAAAGGUAUCACUUAGUUGACAGUUGUUUGCCAUCCCUUGGGAUUUGUAAAUUGUUAAGAGGUCAUAAAUUUAAUUGUAUUUUAAGUAUGUUUUGUCAAAAUAUCCAGAAGUAGUUUGAUAUAGAAUAUAAGAUUAUAUAAGAUGAGAAAUGUCAGUAUGGCACUUCCAAUAUAAAAAAUUUAUUUACAGUUACACUUUGUUUCACAAAUUAAAAUACAGGUUUUAUCAAUAUAAUCAAUUUAAGUGUUUGUUUUUUCAAGACGAAAAUAGUUAUUUAUGUUAUAGAGAGGCAAUUUUUGUUAGUUCUACUAUACUGAGAAUGAUGUCAAAACCUUUGUUGAAUUACUUGUAGUCGUUGCUCCUCUGUAACAUAAAGAUUUCUUCCUCAUAUAAAAUGUUGCAACAUGAUAACAAGUCAUAACAAAAACAAGUUGAUGGAUCAAAAAGUGUACUAACUACUUAAACUGAAUAAUCCAGUGAGUGAUUUAUGGUUAUGAAAUACUGAAUUCGAAAAAAGUUGUUUUUCUAUUACAAGUUUGAAGUUCUGAUGAAACUCACAUCCCUGUUUUUGAACAGUUCAAAAUAUUUAUUUUAAAUAGCAUUAUUUUGUAGAUGAUAAAAUAAAGGUUAUAAUUGACCUUUAAUUAAUUGGUAUUGAUAGUUUACAACAUGUAAAUUUUCAUACUGUUUUUUUUUUUUUUUUUUAAAUAGAAACGCUUCGAGAAUAUUUAAUAGUAUAUCAGUCUUGAAUUUUAAGUUCAGACUUUAGGUUAGGACUUCAAAUAUUGUUGACACUUUGAUGAAACAAAAAAAUAACAACUGAAAGGUUAUUGAAAAUAUGAGUGAAAUCAGCAGUUGACUUGAUGAUACUCUACAUGUUUUUAAUGGUUUACCUUUACUAUAUCAAUGGUUUACCUGUUAAUACACUAAGCUGCCAUCAGAUACCAAAAUCAAUAUUUAUGUAAUUAUUCUUCAAACAAAUAAUGUAUUCAGUCUAUAUAUGUCUGUGAUUGAUUAUUUUAUCUUUGCAGGUUCAAAUUGUCUAGGGGAUCUUUGUUAUUCUUAUGUUGAUUAAAUUAAAAGGAAUAAUCUA